AAUAUUGAAUAUUGAAGUGUUAGUGCUCUUUUGCUAUUAACUGUCAUAUAAGCAGAAACUUUAAUAAGGUAAGAGGUGCACAAACAUGCAGAAGGCGAGUAAGUGCAGUCUGGUUGUUCCAAAUUACUGCAAACUUCUGUCACCAUAACGUAACACCAUAGAAAAUCAUUCAAAGGCGCCUGCAACUCCCAUAAACACGUUUGAUGUGAUCGGCCCCUUAUAGUUCCCUAAGUGAAUACUUAGAUUUUUUCUUGCAAUCCAUUUUUUAUUUUAUCUAAGGGAUUUCUUAGCUUAAGGACUUUCAUGCAACCGGGCACUGAAGUAUUCCAGAAUAGAACAUUUAAAUAAAUUACAUUUGUUUUUCCCUGUUAAUAGUGUAAUACAAUUCUGAAAAAAUAUAUAUUGUCAAGGUGGUUUAAAUUUUUUUGUUUAAGCUCUUUCAAGUGGUGAUGAUUCAACUUUAUAUUCAUUUUUGAGAGCAGUAUGCGAUGCUAUUGUGUGAAGAAGUCACAUUAGAGAAAUCAGAGAUGGGACCAAGUCACACAUGUGCAAGUCUCAAGUAAGUCUCAAGUCUGAACCUUCAAGUCUCAAGUAAGUCCCAAGUAUUUUUUUCUUGGGCAAGUCAAGUCAAGUCGAGUCACAGGCUAUGUCAAGUCAAGUCCUGUAGUAGGUCAAGUCAUGUCCAAGUUAAGUCACCUUAUUAUUGUAAUUUUACCUGCAGAAUCUGAUCUUAAUAAAGUGAAAAGACAAGAUAUACAGCAAGUAAUUAUCAGUAAAUUACAAUAAUUUGGAUUUGCAUUGUAAAUACUCAUGUUCAGUAAAAUACAUCAUGGAAUCAAAAAAAAUUGUAAUUUCUUCCAUUCACGCGCGUACAUUUGAAAUAACGAACUUGAGCGUGCAAAAAAAACAUGCAGUAUGUGAACCGCCCCAACAUUGUAGAAUCCAGUCAUUUUUCUGUGUGUGUGUUCAGGUGGCAAACUUAGAAAAAGUAGCCAAGUUUUGUACCGCUCAGAUCAAGGGAAGUAUUUUUUAAAAAUAAAUCAAAAUUAUGUUGCCCACAUUUGUCCCCAACACAGUAUGAUGAGGGUUAUUGGAGGUUGUCGUCUGGCUGCCUGUGAUUUUAAUGUUGCAUGUCUUGCAACGCACUGUUCGUCUUUUGCCAUCUUGUUGAAGCCGAAAGCGAUGACCCUCGGUACCCCUCCGGCUGACUUGUUGAUAUUUGAUCCAGCUGGAUCAACUUUAUUUUUUUUAAAUAAUUUAUAUAUUUUAUAUUCAAACUGAAAACAUGAUGUGAUUAACACUCAAGUCAUUCAAGUCAUCGUGUCUUAAGUCAAGUCAAGUCCUGAAUCUUUAACUUCCAAGUCCGAGUCAAGUCUCAAGUAUUUUAUAUUUUGUCAAGUCAAGUCACAAGUCACAAAAAUAGUCGACUCGAGUCCAAGUCACCAAGUCACAAGUCCUCAUGUCUGAUAUAUAUAUGUCAGUGUUGGAUUAUUUUUUCUAAAUUUUUUUUUAUUUCUUUGGUUCUUUGGAUUUUUUUUGUCAUUUUGAUCGGCACAUGUAUAUAUUCUUCACUGUGGAGAACUCUUUUGGCUCUCUAAAUAAUUUCCACCUUAUACAAAAGAGCUUCUGCGGGUGCCCCAUCAUUUUUACAAUCCCUCACGAACUCACAUUGUUUCUCAGAAAGCGAGCUGGUAGGCUUGACUCCAUCACAUUUUGUGGCAGCGGUGGGAUGGUGAGUCGCAAGACUGCGCCAAGAGGUAAAAAAACCGAGGGUGGGUUACGGUCCCAAGUGAAGGCAGUAUCAGGUAAGCAGGAGGCCUGGAAUUCAGCUGAUCCUACAAAGGGUGAGGAAGGAGCGACAAGUCUUCCCAGAGGCUCCUCCAGGCCCAGUCCACCAUCAGUGGGGGAGGGAAUGGUCUCCCUAAUGCGCAGUUUCCUUGACACGCAAGAACAGAAAGAGGAGCGCUAUUUGCGGGAGGCCUUGGUGAGUCUAUUUUGCAGGCGAUUCGUUCAGAUGAGACCUCGUCGGAUGCAGAUAGCUUACGAAUGGAGCUACCAACACUGGCCGGGAAGAGAUUCAAGGGGCACAGACCAAUCGACGAUCCAGACUCUCCAAGCAGUCCAGCACCGAUGCAAAGGGCUGACCCAAAGAUGCCAAGCUUCCAGCAGGGGGAAGAUAUUGAGAAUUAUCUUCGCCGAUUCGAAUGUCUGGCCGAAACCUGGAGGUGGCCCGAGGUCCUCGUAAUCAAUCACUUAACUCAUUCACCGCCAGCCUUUUUGAGAAAAGUUGCCCACCUGCAUUUUUGUGAUUUUAACAAAAUUUUCACAAAAUUCCUUGCAGGAAAAAUCAUUUUCUAUAAAUAUAUAAACAUACAAAUUAUAUUAAAUUAAAGAACACACCCUCUGCUUUCAAACAAACAAUAAACAAACAAACAAACAAACAAAAUGGGGAAAAAACGUUUCAUUAUAUAUUUACUUUUUCUACUUAAUUUAACCCCUGAAAUAUGGAUAUUUCUCUUCAAAAAUACAACAUUUUGAGCAAAAAGCUUAAAAAAUUGCGUUUUUGUAAAGGAAUUUAUGUUAGAGAUCAGACUUAGAAUGACUAUCAAACAUAAAGGCCGUUAAAAUAACCAUCAAAUCUUUUUAACUUCCGUUUUUGAUAAAUUCGAUUUGGCGCCAUCUGGUGGAUAAAAGCGGUAUUACACUUUCACUUUGAAAUUCGUCCAAAAAGGCAUAUUUAUUAGUUAAAUAUGAACUCAUAAAUGACGAGAUAACUCGUCAAUGGCGGUGAAUGAGUUAAAGGUACUGUACGCGGUGGUUUUCAUAAUUAUAGAUCUGAAAGGGGUUCGGCUGAACCAUCUGACAACACCCAGGGUCCAUGAAGUCAAUGACUAAAUACUUGAUUUGUUUUUACUGUCAGCAGCCAGGCCACAAAGCUGCGGUGUGUCCCACUCGGAAAGCAAAACUUACAGAGUUUUGUUAUGUUCCUAGAGAAGAGGAUUGUGAUUUUGACUCAGUGGGGGAGGGUCAGAAUGUACAUGAUGUGACUGUCAAUGGACUUGCAAUGAAAGCACUCUUGGACACUGGAAUUUCCUAUCAACGUUAAAAGCAUGCUAUUUAAAUUCUGUCAAUUAUGAGAACACUACUGCUGUUCAGUGUGUGCAUGGGAAUGUAAGGCAUUAUACCAGAGCUGAGAUAAUGGGGGAGGUAGAGGAAAUGUAUUUGCUUAAUGUUGCCAUAGUUUAACAUUUACUAGCAGAUAUGAUUCUGGGAAGAGACUUACUAGUGCUAUUUGAACUUUUGCAACCACCCAUCAAGAACUCAGUUAAUUCUGUUACCACUGCCCCUAUUAAUGUGUCAUGUCCUGCAAUUACUAGGGCUCCAGUCAGGGCAGGUCUACAGCCACUGCCAGUCUUACACAAUAGUCUGUUGCAGGGUGGGACUAAAGGCCCUAGAAAGUCACAACAGCAAAAUGAAAAGUACCUGGGUACCCUAGCUUCAGAGUCCUCUGUGGAGGGGCUGGAAGUUAAUGCUGGAAGGUCCCAGGGAACAACUUCAAGGGGAAGAUAAAUCCUUAAAACCCUUAUUUGUUAAAGCUGAAUGUGGGAAACCUCCAAAUCUGUGUGAUGAAAAGUAUGUGGUGUUGAAUGGAGUGUUAUAUUUGCAAAGUGGUGAUGUUACCUGUUUAAUUGUAUCAUCUUGUUGUCAUCCUCUUGUUCUACACCUUGCACAUACUGUUCCAUGGGCAGUUCACCUUGGUCAACAGAAACCGUAUGCUCGCAUUCACUCACGGUUUUAUUGGCCAACACUUUACACUGUUGCUUCACUGAUGCAACUUCACGUUGCGACUGAUGGGGCAGCUGAACAAGCAGUUGGGCAUCACAGCCAUCCGCACAACUCCCUACCAUCCGCAGACAGACAGCCUGAUGGAGAGGUUUAACCAAACCCUCAAGAACAUGCUGCGGAGGUUUGUUGCAGACACAGGACAAGACUUUGCUUAACGAGAGGUACCCCCAGGCAUCCACGGGAUUCUCACCGUUCAAGCUCCUUUAUGGAUGGCAGGUACAGGGAGGAUAAAGGCAUUAUACAGUAAAUAAUAGAGAUGCAAGAUCGUCUGGAGCAGUACAGAGAACAAGCCAGAGAGAACCUACAAGAAAAUCAACAGGCACAGAUAAGAUGGUAUGACCAAACACAGACAACGGCCAGACAACGACAGUUUCAACCGGGUCAGAAGGUAUUACUUUUAUUACCAACUCCAAAAAGCAAGCUGCUGGCUAAAUGGCAAGGACCAUAUGCUGUGAUCCGCAAGAUGGGGCCAGUAACUUAUGAAGUUCAUCAUCCGGACAAGGGCAAGACCAGGCAGACUUACCACAUGAACCUGUUAAGAGAGUGGAAGGAGCCACCUAGUAAAGGAACAGGAAUAUCACUGUUGGUGAGGAAGAUUGAGGUGGAAGAGGACGAGGAAUCUGAGGACGCAAGGAAAAAGCCAUCUGUGUCUCCUGUGAUCCAUGACUAUACAGAGAUGGGCGUGCUGGUGUUGAACCGCAGAUUUCAGACAGAUGACAGACGACUCCUAUCCGACCCCUUACAAAUGCAAACCGAGCCUGUGGAUCUGUCCACCAACAGAGCCAGAACCUCCCCAUCACUUUCAGCAUCUUCCUCUUUAUCCUCAUCCCCCUCAUCGUCAUCAUCAAUACGAUUUUGUCCACGAUCCCCUGAUUCAAGCAAGUCUGUGUUAUCUUCAUCACCUUCAUCAAUAUCUUCCUCCACCUCUGUCAUAACUCCUGUUCCUCGUAUGAAGAUGUCUUCAUCCAGCUCUGGUCCAGUGGUCGCAUCUCCCCCAUCCAGGAGUCUCAGUGGCCAAUCGUUUUUGCACCUACCCCACCUGAUGCCUCCCUGCUCCAAUGCUGUUCACCUCCACCCACGUAGAGUGCCGGUGGUAGUGCAGCCCAUGCCUCUGGUCUACAGUGGGAUGGGAUCUUUGCUAAACAGCAGACUUAUGAUGCCACUGCUGGAGGAAAACAUAAUGCACAGGAGAGUCACACAGCGCAUUGCAGAUGGACUGUCACCACGGCGCUUUUUGAGUGACAGCGAGGAUGAUGAUCUGCCCAGCGUGACUUUGGAGAGUGUGAAUGAAACAGGCUCUACUGCCCUGACCAUCGCCCGCGCUGUGCAAGAUUCCUUGUUGCCGUUCAGUAUUGAGAGUCUUCGGAGGCCCAGGCAAUCAGAGUCACCCGACUCGAAGAGGAGACGCAUCCACAGGUGUGAGUUUAACGGCUGCAAUAAGGUGUACACGAAAAGCUCUCACCUAAAAGCCCACAGACGCACACACACAGGUGAAAAGCCAUACAAGUGUACUUGGGAUAACUGCACGUGGAAGUUUGCACGCUCUGAUGAGCUGACACGGCAUUACCGUAAACACACAGGCGUCAAACCAUUCAAAUGCAACGACUGUGACCGCAGCUUCUCCCGCUCAGAUCACCUCGCUCUCCACCGCCGCAGACAUGCUCCACAGACAUGCUUAGUGUGACAAAGACAUUUCAUGGACAAAAAAAAACAGAGAGAGCUGGUCUCUAUCUGCUAGUGUUAAAGAAGGUUGUUUUUCCCUGCACAAUAAUAAAUGGGUGAAAGUGGUGAACGUUCUAUAAUGAAGGUGAGGAAGGGACUCUGUUAUUAUGAUAUUAUAUAUUAGCAUUUAUAGUAUCUAUCUUUUCCUCAUCAGUUUAUUUUUUACACUUUUAUGUGAGGUUUAUUCUAAUCAAAAUUAAGGUCAGUCAAAAUAGUAUUUUACACUGACCACUACACCAGGUUCCAAAUGAUUAUGCACAUGCCAUUUCUGUUUAUUUUUCCAAUACAGUGAGUAAGUUUACAAAUUUUAUUUAACCCUCAACACUUAUAUGAGACUGUGGAUGUUAAUCUAUUUAAAUGAAAUAAAAAUGUCAAAAGAUACUUUAAUACUUUGAAAAAUAUGCAAAA